CUGAGGCCGAUUCCUGCGAAGGGUCCGCUGUGAGGUAGGAUGGAUCGAAUUCUCGCAUAUUAUCCAGUGUACGCGGUACAUUUUCAGCGAGACGUUUCUGCAAAAGAUGCUCAGUUUCUGCAUCCCUUGACUUACCCCACAACUCACUUUUUUGGCUGCAGGAUCGUUGGCUUCGAGCUUGGCUUGUGCGAGCCGUUUCUGCAACUUUUGCUGUCCCUUCGCCUUUUUCGAUUUCCUCGCAACCUCUUCUCGUUUUAUCUUGUUUUUGAUGGAAUUGGGCUCGAAGCGUGAAGGCGGCAUGAUGGAAGAAGAACGACAAUAUUUUCUGUCAAAGAAAUUCAAGAAAAAUGUAAUGUAAAUGACCGUGGGAAUUAGCUCCCGGAUAGCGAUGAGGUCACUCGCGGGCAUGAGACCUACUCUCUACCUCCAUCCUCUUCACCACAAGGCGAUCCACACUAGGCCCCAUGUCUGCUUCAGUACCUCAGGAAGAAUUGCCUAUACUCGAAUCAGUCAUCAACAUUCGAAAUAGACUGACAGCAUUGAAGAAGAACCGGGCCGAAUUCAUCAAGGCUUCCGACGUGAAUUCUUUGUAUCAGGCCGUGGUCAAGCAAGUGACCAAGCUCAAUGAUGUCCGCAAUGACAACGACACAUAUAAUAAUCGCCUCGACACCACUCUAGCAGACGUCUUCACCCUUCUCUCUUUGUUCUACCUUACCAUAGGCAAGACGAGGGAUACUCCAGCAAUCUAUUCCCAACUUGCAUCCAUGCGACAAAUUCUAAACCAUAUGACCGAGUCCGCGGUAUACAACGAGUCAGACCUUGCCCCAUUUCAGCGACGCCUCAGCGAUCUUCGCCAAAUAGUCCAGCGAGAUGCUUCCACCGGAAAGCAUCCGGAGGCUUUGACCAAGCUGCUUGAACGACAGCUCGGUGAAUGCGAUGGUAUCGUCCGAAAUUUACAGGAGGGUCUCGCGGUGCUGUCCGACGAACUCGUCCCUAUCCACGAAAAGCUUGUCACUCUGCGGCGAAAACUCGUGGCACUCGGAUCAAGAGAGGGCUCUCAUAAAGCUGAAUUGAAACCAAUCAUGGAAGAACUUCGAAAAAUUGAUUCGAAACGCGUGGAUGGGCGAUUCCUUGGGCCCGGAGGCACGGUCCCGUCAUCGCAGGCAAACUGUUCCUCAUUGCUUGAAAACUGCUUUGAAAUCGCACAGGAAAUCAAGGCUAACGAAGAAUCCAAGAAUGUUCCGGAAUCACUGAAGCCAAUCUAUGAUCGUCUCAGUGAGAUCAGGCAGGAGUUGGAGAAUCUCGUCUUGACACAUCGGUGGAGUUUGCGGGAGACCGAUUUAUGGAACUACUCGUUGAGUCUGCAAGAAAUCGAUAAGAUGAGGAUCGACGGAAAAUUCAUGGAUUCAGAGGGCAAUCGACCGGAUGGUCAAUACGUGCUCCUGUAUCUGUUGCGCCGAUGUUACGGGCUCAUAUAUCGGCUGCUGUCAUCCAGCGAGCCCGUUUCAGAAGAACUCAUGCCUAUUGCUAACAAGCUGAACACUGUCAAGAAAUGCUUGAACGAAGUGCUGAAAUACGGGGGCCCUUGGAGCCCACGCGAUCUUUAUCCUGUGCGUAGUGCUUUCAUUUCCUACCAAUCAAGAUCCUCCCUACCCGCCUUGUGUGAAAAUUUGACUUCUGUGGGCCCGAUUACUUACGAUCCUCUCAUUCUGUCUUUGCUUUUAAUGGUUCAGUAUCAGCUAGCUCUUCAUCAAAUCGAAUCAAGGAGAAAGGACGGCAAAUUCAUAGGUAUCGAUGGUUCAAUACCCGAGGGUCAGGGUAUCGUUAUGGCUCAUCUCAAUGAGUGUCAUGAGCUUAUUGAAAUGCUCAAAGAGUCUAUGGACGAAGACGAGGCCGGGGAAGACGACGAAGACGACGAAGAGUACGACGAAGACGAGGAAGAAGAGUCAGGUUCUGAUGCAGAAACACCAUCAUAACGCUGUCGGUUCCCUUACCGUGCGCUGCUCAAAGAAUAAAGAGGCUCGAAGUACAUCUUACUCUGUAUCUUGAUUUUGGAAGCAUUCGAUAAUUCGGGUUGUCGAAAGUAGAUUUGUAUGUAUACAGUUUUACCUAGUCUAGUAUAUCGUCGAGUUUUCUUCGUGUACGCUGCCAGUAUAGGAACGUUGAAUGCGCGAAAAACGCCACUUUAUAGAGCCGGG